CGGUGAGUCGUCUCGCGAAAGCCUUGAAGAUAUUAUAAACCUGUUCAAGAGGUUCGAGGACUCCAGGAUUGCACUUGUUAUAUCGUCAAAGAGUUACCCAGAAUCAAAUUGGAGACGUCCGGUGUGAAAGAUCUUUAACAUGAGUUUGGUCAAGACACUAGAUGAUGGUAAGAAGAUCGAGAAAAAGGAACAGAAUAUUGUGGAAUUUGAGGGACAGGUUGAUGAGGUUACAGAACAUACGCAUCAAAGAGGGCUUGAGAGCUUACUUUCUCAGCAUCGAGAUGCUUCUGUUGAGGUUUUCUCAGAGACCGUCGAGCUUGAUUUCUUCCGAAACAGUUUUGUGGAAGACAGUUAUAAAGUUGCUGUUGCAAUGCCCACCCUAGAUGAGUUGCUGCAGGAUACUCCUACUCACGUAUAUGCUUCUGUAUGGUUUGAUUGGAGAAAAACAAAGUUUUCUUCUAGUCACUACAGUGAACUUGUUCGGCUUGCCGCCCUUUACAAGUUUAGCUUGAUCACUCUCUAAUCUUUAUUGAUUGAUUGAACAUUCUCUUAUCGCUUAAUGAUUUUGCACAUAUGUGCAGAUAUGGUGGGGUCCUAUCUCGAUUCUGAUGUGAUAGUUUUGGGUUAAUUGUCAUCCCUGACAAACACUCUUGGCUUGGAGGAUCAGGCAGCGGGUGAAUCACUAAACGGUGCAGUUAUGU